AUGCUUUUCGCUCAUUAUUGGUUUUUAACAGCAAUUGUUCUGUUAUUUAAGAGCGUAGUCUCUGAAGAAUUCGUACCUCCAAACUCAUGGGAAAAUAAAGAAUUUAAGAAGACUAUUGAAAUAUCAAAUUCUUUCACAGCUGAAAAUUUGGAAUUAACAAUCGUUAACAUAGAUUCCGAACCAGUAACUCAAUAUUUUGUUCCAAUCCCAUCCGAUAUAGUACCAAUGAUCUCUAUGUUUACCGCCGCUUAUAUGUCUGAAGAAGCUUUCAUCCAGUGUAUGAUUGUCCCAGGUGUUCAUCAAUUAGAUGAUGGUACUGAAAUCAGUUACGGUGUCAUUCAAUUCGAAUCUCCUGUAGCUCCAGGUGAAGAAAUCGCUUUAUUGGCUAAGAUUCAUUAUGCUUUAAAUGGUAACCCAUCACCAGAAGAAAUUGGUAUGGAUGAUACUCAAUCCUUAGCUUUAACUGUUAACAGGUACCCUAUAUCUCCUUACGUCUCUAAGACUUCUUCUGUUGAUAUUUCUGGUGCCGAAGAUUUCAUGGAAUUAACUCCUGCUGAUAACGAUAAUGAAGUAGGUAUCCUAUUGACUAAUCAAUUCAAAUACGGUCCAUUCCAUGAAGUUCCAGCUUUCAAAAGUUCUUGGGCUAACGUCAGCUACCCUGUCGACUACCCAUUGAUCACUGUUACUGAUUUAAAGAGAGACAUUUGGGUCUCUCAUUGGGCUCAUACUGCUGAAUUCCAAGAAUAUUACGAAAUCGUUAACGAAGGUGCUAGAUUAAAGAAUGGUUUCAACAGAGUCGAAUUCAUGAAAAGAGUUCAAAGAACUGAAGGUAAAGGUGGUAAUUUCAUCGGUGUCCUUGGUCUUUCGUUGACUGAAAACAGUACUGACGCUUACGUCACCGAUAAGGUAGGUAAGGUCUCCUCUGUCAUGCGUGAAGAAGAUAAAUUAUUGGUUAAACCAAGAUUCCCUGUCUUUGGUGGUUGGGCUUAUAACUUUACCGUUGGAUGGACUAACACCUUGGAUGACUUCUUACAUAUCUCCGGUACUGAACAGGAUUCCUUCAUUAUUUCCUUGCCAGUAUUGAACGGUCCUCCUGACACCAUCUACAGAAACGCUGAAGUCUCUGUUAUUCUUCCAGAAGGUGCUGAAGUUUUAGAUGUUGGUUCUCCAUUACCUUUUUCUAACGCCACUGUCACUCGUGAGUACUCUUACUUCGAUUUGGCUGAUGGUCAUGCUAAAUUGACUUUCUAUUACAGUAACUUAAUCUCUGAAUUAGGUACUGGUGAGUUGGUUGUCAAAUAUAGAUUCAACACUUCAUCCCUAUACCAAAAGGCUUUGUACAUUUCUUACUAUGUCUUUGGUGGUCUGAUGACUUUCUUUGUUUUAGUUAACUUAAACUUGAACAUCAAAUAA